AUGUCGGGGUUUAUAGAUGCCGGGGAUGAUCCCUCCGAUCCAAAUCAUCCGCAGAAAAAUGAAGAGGCCCCCUUCAGUACAAUGAACGACCAUGUUGAAGAUCACUCUCUGCCUAUAGAGAAUCCAAAUGAAAAGGAUGCAUCGGCCAUCAUCUGUGAUGAUCCUAACCACCCGGUCAACUGGCCCCGAUAUAAGAGAAAUAUCAACCUUAGUCUAAUCUCAUUUCAUGCCUUUAUGACCAAUUUCAUUGGUGCUGGAAUCAUUCCCGUCUAUGCUACCCUCGCCGAGAAGUUCGGUAUCGAGAUUCAGGACGUUAGCUACAUGACCUCAAUUCAUAUUCUGUGUACCGGUCUUACGCCCUUCUUUCUAGUCCCUAUUUCCACUAGGUUCGGUCGCCGGCCUGUAUGGCUUAUCUCCACGCUCUUCACGGCAGUUUGUAACGUUGGGUGCGCAGAAAGCCAAACUUACGCACCCAUGUUGGUCUGUCGUAUCCUAGGUUCUCUCAUGCUGGGUGCUCCUAUCGCUCUUGGGCCCCCUGUUGUGAUGGAAUCGUUCGCAGAGCACGAACGUGGUAUUGCGCUAGGAACAUGGUCUGUUUUUGUCACGCUUGGUCCUUUGACAGGUCCAUUUGUCAUGGGAUUCGUUGCGGAGCGACUUGGAUGGCAGUGGAUCUAUUGGAUCUUCACACUCAUCAGCGGUGCACAGUUUGUGUUAUACUUCUUGUUAAGCCCAGAGACUAGGUACAUUCAGCAGGAGAACUCAACUCGCAAGUCUGGCUUCAUGAAGUUGAUCACAUUCUCGCGAAUUGAUCCCACUCCUUUCUCCAUGUCCGAAGUCAUCCGGCCCUUCUCAAUGGGGAAGCAAAUGACCGUGUUGCUGCCUGUGCUUUCACACAGUAUGAUCUUCUGUCUCUCGGCUGCAAUGUUGACAGUAGAGAUCCCUCAGCUGUUUGCCACUCGCUUUGAGCUUGGCCCGGAGCAAACUGGUAUCCAGUUCCUUGGUAUCAUCGUUGGCACCAUACUCGUGGAAAAUCAAAGGCACGCUGUGAAUCCCAAGAAUUACCUGAUUGCAAGUUAUCUGGGCUUCGUCGCCAUGAUUGUUGGGCUGGUUGUCUUCUGUGUUCUAUUGGGCAACACACUCCCUAUGCACUACAAGGUGUCCCCGAUUAUUGGCAUUGGUGUUGCAGGAUUCGGAAACCAAUUAGUGUCCAACUUUUUGAUUAACUAUGUUAUGAAGAUUCAUUCGGAUAACGCCGCCACUGCGUCGAUCUUCUUGGGGUUGGUUCGCCAGACAUGGUGCUUCAUAGGGCCAUUCUGGUUCCCUACCAUGUUUGAAACUCUUCUCCAUCACAACCCCCCGUUCAUUGCCCCGCCUCACGCCGUAAUGUCUCGACACCGUAUUAAGGAAGUCGAUUAUGAUGAAGAUGAUUUCUAUGACGACGAUGAUGCUUCAGUCGACCCAGAGGAGCAGGAGUUCUUGCAACAGUGUACUACUGCUGUUUUGCAACAGCUCGGUGCGGGGCAACCGUCAGUGACCGCCACGAAACAAGAAGUCCAAGACGCGUUAUGGCACUACUACAAUGAUAUUGAGAAGUCGGUCAACUAUUUGAGGGGCAAGAGAGAGAAGGAGGCUGCGAAGACGCAGAAAUCGAAGAUUCAACCAGUGCCAGCAUAUCCCGCUCCUCCCUCUACGGCACACUUCUCGGCUGCCGAUUUCUUCCGCGAUUGUCCUUGGCUCAACGUGCCCUCUCAUCGGAAGGCUGAUAUCCUGGUUGAGCCGCUUUAUCCACGUUUGGGGCUGCUGGGCGGUGCACCGGAGAGUGGUGGAAAACUUUCCAAAUUGGCCGCCCUAGCUGCAGCCCGGAAAAAGAAAGAGGGCGAGAAGACACCAUCCCUGCCAGAAACUCCGACUCCGUCGACUCCCAACCUCGAGCAGCCAAAGGCGUCCUCGCUUGAUCGUCCGGGUAAUUCGCGCUCCCUUCGUGACAGACUUGCGGCUAGCGGGAGAUCCACACCAAAAGCUUCUUCAGAGGGUCAUGGGUCUCUACGUUGUUUGGCCAACCCAAGCCCCUCCCCGCAUCCGAUACCGAAACAGCCCGCAUCCGAUAACAGAAAGCCAUCGGUGUCUGAGGUUUCGGAGUCAAUGCAAAGGGUAGCGCUUGAAGCGAAAGAAGAACCGGAACCCGAGCGAACAGUGCCUACCAUUCGAGCCGCACCCUCCACAUUUGCCAGCACUAUCCUUGGCGCACCAACAGGCCCGACAGCGGCUGAGCCCAGCCACUUACACUCCAACAGCUCAGACCUGCUGAGGAUCUAUGGACAGGAUCAUGCUGAACCUUUUGAUUUUGCAGCACCGAGCCCCGACGAUGUCGUUCUCAAUGCACAAAACACAGCGAAAGGUAUGAAGUCGAAAUCAGCCGCAUCGAAAUCGGCAGCGGGGAAGAAAGGCCAGUCUGAUCUGGCAGGUGGUAUGAAGGAGCUGUCAGUGGAAGACAAAGUGAGCGUCAAGAGCAAAAAUCUUGAUGUUAUAUCAGAGUACAAGAAGUCCACUCGCAAGCGAUCCGCGAACUUUGUGGUUAUUGGUCACGUUGAUGCUGGAAAGAGCACUCUGAUGGGACGGUUGUUAGCAGAUCAAGGUGCUAUCGACCAGCGGACUCUAGAUAGGUAUCGGCGAGAGGCUGAGAAGAUCGGCAAGGGUUCAUUCGCCCUAGCCUGGGUGCUCGACCAAGGGUCGGAAGAAAGAGCACGAGGGGUGACGAUAGAUAUCGCCACCAACAAGUUUGAGACGGACAAGACAGCCUUUACGAUCGUUGAUGCACCAGGCCACCGUGACUUCGUCCCGAACAUGAUCGCUGGUGCCAGUCAGGCAGACUUUGCUGUUCUGGUCAUCGAUUCCAGUGUGGGCAAUUUCGAGUCGGGGUUGAAGGGCCAAACCAAAGAGCACGCUCUGCUUGUGCGCAGCAUGGGUGUCCAAAAAAUCGUGGUGGCUGUAAACAAGAUGGACACCGUGCAAUGGGAUCAUGAACGAUUUGAGGAGAUUGAACAGCAAAUUUCCGCAUUCUUGACAACUGCUGGCUUCCAGGAGAGUAACAUUGCAUUCGUGCCGUGUUCAGGAGUUCUGGGGGACAACAUUUCUCGGCGGACUGAGGAUCCCCAAGCAUCAUGGUACACAGGUCGCACGUUGAUUGAAGAACUAGAAACUUCGGAGCCAUACACACAUGCCCUCGAAAAGCCUUUACGUAUGACGAUUGGCGAUGUCUUCCGAGGCGGCGUACAAAAUCCGCUUUCCAUCUCUGGCCGUAUCGACGCAGGCAGCUUGCAGAUGGGCGACCAGAUCCAGAUCAUGCCCAGUGGUGAAACAGCAACAGUGCGCAGUUUGGAGGUAGACAACGAACCAAGUGACUGGGCCGUAGCAGGUCAAAAUGUCACUCUAAACAUUGCCAACAUUGACCCUAUUCACCUCCGCUCCGGUGAUGUUGUCUGCCGUCCUUCAUCUCCCAUCCCUACCAUAACUUCUUUCACUGCCAAGGUUCUGGCCUUCGAACAUCUGAUGCCCAUGCAAGUGGAUGUGCACCGUGGCCGUCUACAUGUGCCUGGUCGCAUCAGCAAGCUAGUCGCCUCUCUAGACAAAGCGUCAGGGGUGGCUAUCAAGAAACGCCCCAAGAUCGUGGGUCCAGGUGUCGUGGUGCGUAUUGUGGUUGAAAUUGAUCAUGCUGUUCCUCUAGAAGCACCGACCAGGAUUGUCCUGCGCGCGGGAGGCUCAACAGUGGCUGCUGGUUUAUUAGAAUAA